UUCGGACGCUUGUUUUAUAAAAAAAAAAAAAAAAAAUGGAAAUUAAUAAACCAGUUGAUAAAAUACAAGUUGGUGAUUGGUUUAAGAAAAAUAUUAUUCCAAAAAUUUCAACUAACAUUGAUAAAAAUUGGAACAAUGUAACAGUUGAUAUUUCAAUACCAGAAAAUAGUUUUUUUUUAUCAACAGUUUAUUUUAUUGAAAUUAAAUUUGUGGAUGAACAAAAAUCAAUAAAAAUUGUUAUUAAAAAACCAUCUGGUAUGACAACAAUGAGUGAAAAUAUGCAUACACGUCAACAAUUUCACAAUGAAAUAUUAUUUUAUAAUAAUAUUUCAACAGCAAGUAAACGUUAUCCAAAAUGUUAUUAUGCAUUUGAGGAUAAAUAUAAUGUUGACAACACAAUUAUUGUCACUGAAAAUAUUGAAACAAUGGGUUAUAAAAUGUGUCCAGUUAAAUAUGACAUACCAUUUGAGUAUGUAAUUGCUGGUGUUGAGGAAAUUGCAAGAUUUCAUGCAAUGAGUUACAUAAUGAAGUUACGUGAUCCAAAAAAAUUUUAUAGCAUUUGCAACGAAAUCGAAGAGACAAGAUAUGAAAAAGAUGACUGGCAUUCAAAAUAUAUUAAUUUAAUAUCACAAAGACCAAUUAAAUGGUUAAAAAAAGAAAAAUUUGACCCAAAAUUUUGUGAAAAGAUUGAAAAAUAUUUUGAAAAUGCGUAUGGAAAUAUUAUGAUUACGUCACUGGAGGUAAAAGAGCCACUUGCUGUAUUUUGUCAUGGUGAUUUUACGAGAAAUAAUAUUUUAUUUCGUCAUAGUAAAAAUAAUAAUAUUGAGGGUAAAUUAAUUGACUUUGCAAUGUUGAGAUAUGCAUCACCAAGUAUUGACUUGUCAACAUUUUUGUACAUAAGUGUUUCAAACAGUGACAGAAAACAUCGUUUCGAUGAAAUAUUUAAUGCAUACUAUCAAUCAAUGACAAAGUAUUUUGAAGAUGAAAAAAUGGAAAUUCCAAAUUAUUAUUCGUAUGAUGUGUUUGUUGAUGACUACAAACGUAAAGCUAUGUUUGGAUAUAUCAUUGCUAUUUUUUUUUUGCCUCUUUUACGUGAACACGUGAGUUUAAAUGACAUUAAUGAAGAAGAUUUUUUUAACCCUGAAAUAAUGGCAGCAUUUAGUGAAGAUGCAGGUGGUGAUUCUUUGUCCAGAGAAUUUGCAGAUAUGUUACUUGAAAUUCGUAAUUUCGGUGGGCUUGAUCAUGUACAAGAUUUUUAAAUAUUCAAACAAAUCAUAGAGCAAAAAAUUAUUUAAAUAAAAAUUUUGAUGAGAUUAAAUUACUCAAGUCAUUAUUUUAAAAACUCUUCAUGAAUAAAACCAUUGUUUUGAAGUAAUUAUAUAAAAAAAAAAAAAAUACAUUUUUGUUUUUUAUAAAAAAUAUUAUUCAACUAAUUAAUUUUCCACUAAUUAAUUCAUGAUAAAAUCAAAAAUAAACAUAGUACAUUUUUGUAAACUAGAUAUAAACCUUUGACUAAAAAAAAAUAAAAAUCUACAUUGUUGUUUUUUUUUUUUAUUAUUAUGAUUUUUUAAUAAUGUUAAAAUUUAAUUUAAAAAAAUAAAAAUAAAAAAAUACUAUGAUAAAAAUACAUUAAAAAGUUGAAAGGCGAGUGUUUCAUAAAUAUGAUAUGAAUAAGGUAUAAAAAAUUGAAAAAUACAAAAAAAUUAAAAAAAAUAAAAUAAGAGUAUAUAACCAUAAAGAAGGUUAAGCUUAUGCUUGAAAUAAUUUUAACAUCGGGACAGUGUAGAUCUGCCUUUUAAAUGAGCAUUUUUUUUUCUUGCAGAUAUAAAUUUUACAUUGCGUAUCUGUAUUUUUGUUGAGUAUUAUUUUUCUUGAUUGAAUUAAAUGAAUUAUUAUCAUUUUUUCUUUAAUAAAUAUAAUGCAUAUGUUUAUUUUGUAAACACUGAUGUUAGACAGACGUUUUUAUAAUUAUUAUUAUUUUAUUUGCAGACGAUAAAAUAUCAAUGUCAAUAAAAUUUUAAUCUUCUAAUUGAAGAUAUCAUAGACAAGUAGUUUAAUUCAUUAUCAAACACACGUGUUAGAUUUUAAUUCUAUAAAUUAUCUUGUCAUGUUAUAAAUGUAAACAGUCAUAUCUUUAACAAUUUUUUUGUCGUUUGCAUUAUUUGUUGGAGGAAAAAUUUUAAAUAGUAAAAUGAGUUUAAAAAUUAAAAAAGUUCAAGUUAAUUUUACAAGUGCCAGUUUGUAUUUUAAAAACUGACAUGAUAAUUUAACUGGGCUUAUAAGUAGCACAUGCAAUCAGUUGAUGACAUGUGAAACAAUUGUUACCACAAAAUAUUUACCUACUGUUGUGUCUUGUGUAACAAAAUUAGGGUCUAGAUGACAGAGAAUAUUUAAUUAAACGAGUGGAAGUGAAUGUUGUUUCCCAGAGCAAUCCAAAGUUUUGAAAACAAAGUAAAACCACUAAAUGAAUAAUAUAGUUUAUACUCGACAAUUGUUAUAUCUUCAAUUUUACACAUUUGUUUUGAAUUUAACCACGAAAAAAAGAAAAAGAAAACAUCAAAUACUUGAUUUUUUCAUAUACAAAGUUGAAAAAAAACAUGUAAAAUUAAAAAAAUUUAUAUGAAUGUUAAAAAUUAAAUAUUUGUAUAAAUUAAAUUAUCAAAUUAAAAAAAAAUGUUGAAUUUUAUAUUUUUUAAUUAUACGUAAAUUUAAAAAUUAAAUUAAAAAAAUAAUUUUAAAAUUAUAUUGAAUUUUUAUAAAUAAAAUUAAAUAACUGAAAAUAAAUGAAAAAAUUUUUUUGAAGAAAGAUAUUUUUAUAAUUAAUUAUUUGAGAUUAAAUUUGUCGACUUUAUGAGAUGAAAUAGCGACAACAUCCUGAAGAUUUGAUGCGGAUGUUGUCAAGUUAAAUCGAAAUAUCAGUUAAUUACUGAAGAGUUUCUAUCCAAUCAUAUUAAGAUUGUCCCGACUGAGUUGGUCGAGCAGAUUUGACAGUCUAAUUAUUAUUUUACCCUGAUUUCUCUGCCGAAAUAUAUAAUCAUAUUAUCAAUAUGCUUUCUAUUUUGAUAUCCCAUCAUCAAUCUUUCAACAAGUAAAACUUAUUUUAGAAUAAAAAUUUGUUUGCUUACUGUUUUAAAAAUAUGUAUAUCAAUCAUUUCUCUAAAGUUUUUCGAGGAUAAAAAGAUCUUCAUGAGAUCAUCCGUAAAAACAAGAGUUAUAAAUAAUUUUAAAAAUUAAAAAAAAAAUUAAAUAAUCUUGAUAAAAAAUCUGUAACUUUGAAAAUUAUUUAUAAUUUUUAUUUUGUAUAUAAAUUUUAUGACUUUUGAAUAAUUAUUUUUGUGAAUUUAAAAUUUAUUAAAGUUGAUAUAUUUAUUAAUAUUUAAUUUAAGUUAUUGCAUUUAUCGCAAGACAUAAUUUAAUUUUUAAUGAACGGCUAAUGUGAGAUUGUAAAUUUAUCAAAAAUAUUAAGUGUAUCAUCGAUGAUAUUUUUUGAACUUUUAAUCUUAUAAUUGUCUGAUUAAGACACAACUGGGCAUGUGUGACUUUAUCUGGCUCAAAUAUAAUGACUUCUUUGACACUUUAACACUCGAGAUUUAUCUUUCACUCUGUCAAAUAAUGACAUUUAUUACUUUUUUUAUCACAGAGUAUUCGCGUCAAUACGCACUUGCAUUCUAUUUAAAGACAAUAUCAACAUUACUUAUAAAAAACUUAAUGAAAUCAAUUGAUAAUAAUAUCUG